AUGGACAAGUCGCGUCCUCAAACGAAGAUUUCCAAGUCAGCCAAAACUACUCAUCACUCUGAGCGUAAGCUGCGGGUCCCUAUCUCUUCCCGCAAGAUUUGUCGUCCCUACGAGCGACCCCAACCUAACAGACCUGACACACCGCGACCUCCCAGAUGGGCAAGCACGUCUUCAGACGUCCAAGGAGCACCUCAGCGACUACGACGCAGCAAAUCGGAGGUAUGGUCUUCUAGCACAGCGAAGGCCUUCUUGCAGUCUCUCCAAGACAGCUGCCCCACUUCCACGUCCCAGUGCAAAGUUGGCUCGGUGGCCACCAGCGACUCACCCGACUCACCGUUUCUCGUCCCCAAUCUCCCCCUCCCACGUGUGGCAGGUUCUUCCGGCAAUCCCAAGACAUCACCGGCAGACGAUAGAGCUCUGAGUUCACCUUCUCUGCCAUCUUCUUCCCGCUCCGAGGUCCUUGGGGAGCUUUUCCACAUCAAGUGCACUCUUGGCAAGACCUCGCAAGGGGCCAAUGCAUCCUGGUUCAUGUUGGAAAUCGAUGCUUAUUGGUUCAAGAAAGGGGAGAAGCGGCAUUGGGGCGAGAAGGGCGCUAGUGGUGGCGAUCACACCUGGUCCCGUCGCGCACACGUACAGUACACACACACACAACAUCGCAAGCUUGAACUCGCCCUUUCUCUUUCUCUUCUCUUCUUUGCUUCUGCGCAACUCCUUCAUCACCUUUCAUUCGCCAUGGUCAAGCAGGAGCCCUCGUCUCCUCCCGAUGGGUCUAUCGGAGGUCUUAGCGCAGUUGACAGCAAUAAUCGACCCGACAUUGAGAUCAUUCUCAAGGACAACGAGCUGUCUGAGCGUGUGAUUACUGUCACUCACUACACCUCCACCGGAAGCAAGUCUACGGUUUCCCUCAACGCGUCAACCGACAGCGACGCUCAAGUUACCUGCGGUGCUUUGCACAUCCUCUUGACGAAGAGCGUCGGUUCCCGCAACAACUCUGUGAACUCUUUUGACAUUUCAUCUGCGACUUUCCCCAGCGAUCACCAGUCCGAUAUCGCCACCUCGGGAGCCCCUUCCCACGUCUCAGCUCAGCGUCCCGCCGCCCUUUCCACCAGCUCUCGGGUCAGCCCCAAGGCUCUCGCCAUUGGAGGCUCUGCUUCCAAGAGUACCAGCGAGAACAAGCUGGGGAAUGUCCUCCAACGUUACGCCGAGACCAAGGGAUUGAACUACGACAGCCUCAGCGUCGUGAACCACUCCGGCGAGGCUGUGUCUCUUGAUACUCGUCUUGGCACCAUAGUCAAACGCUACAUUCGGACUCACAGCUUCCAAGUUGUUGACGCCGACAAUCUCCCUGACGCAAACCCCUAG